UAAAUUCAGUGUUUGUGCCAAAAGCAACGUUGCAAAUAAUGAUGAAAAGUUUCCCGCCAGAUGGAAGAUAUUUUUGAGGAAGAAAGGUUGCAAGUAAAAACUCGUUUAGGUGAAAAAUGGUGACGGAGCAUAAAAAGUUCACAUGAUCCCUCUCUCUCUCUGCUUUUGUUACCUAUAAAUACACCAACACGCCUCUCGCACUUCUCAUCAUCUUACCAUUCUUUCUUCUUCUACGUUCAUUUUUUAUUUUUCAUUUUUCAUUUUUUUGAGAUCAAAGAUGACGGUGGGGGCUGGGAUCUCUGUGAGCGAUGGCAGGUUGAAUGUGGUGGGGGAGACUAUAUUGAGCGAUGUUCACGAAAACAUUAUCGUGACGCCGGCCACCGGCGGAAUCUUGACCAAUGGAGCGUUUCUCGGCGUUUUGUCUGAUCAGAUUGGUAGCCGCAGAGUUUUCCCUGUUGGCAAACUCAUGGACUUGAGGUUUAUGUGUGUUUUCCGGUUCAAGUUAUGGUGGAUGACACAGAGGAUGGGCAGUUAUGGCCAAGACAUUCCGUUUGAAACCCAAUUCAUGAUCGUUGAAGGACGGGACGGUUCACAUUUCGGUGAAGAUGAGAAGGAACAAUCAGCUAUGUAUGUUGUGUUCUUGCCAAUUCUAGAGGGAAAUUUUAGGGCUGUUCUGCAAGGAAAUGCAAAUAAUGAGUUGGAAAUUUGCCUCGAAAGUGGGGAUCCUGCUGUUCAAGAGUUUGAUGGGAGCCAUAUGGUGUUUGUUGGAGCUGGAUCUGAUCCAUUUGACGUCAUUACCAAUGCAGUCAAGACUGUGGAGGGGCACUUGAAGACUUUCAGUCAUCGUGAGAGGAAGAAGAUGCCGGACAUGUUGAACUGGUUCGGAUGGUGUACAUGGGAUGCUUUCUAUACUAAUGUUACUGCCGAGGGAGUGAAGCAGGGUUUGGAGAGUUUGGAGAAAGGUGGGAUUCCCCCAAAGUUUGUCAUAAUUGAUGAUGGAUGGCAGUCAGUUGGCAUGGAUCCAACUGGUGAGAAAACAGAAGCAGAUAACUGUGCUAACUUCGCUAACAGAUUAACAAACAUCAAGGAGAACCACAAAUUUCAAAAGGAUGGUAUAGAGGGUGAAAGAAUUGAGGAUCCGGCAAUGGGAAUCCGGCACAUUGUUUCAGAAAUCAAAGAUCAACACUCUGUCAAGUAUGUUUAUGUGUGGCACGCGUUGGCUGGUUACUGGGGUGGUGUCAAACCUGGAGCAGCUGAGAUGGAGCAUUAUGAAUCCAAGAUGACUUUCCCUGUCUCGUCUCCUGGGGUUGAGUCGAAUGAACCAUGUGAUGCCUUCAAUAGCAUCGCCAAGAGUGGCCUUGGUCUAGUUAAUCCUGAGAAAGUCUUUAGUUUCUACAAUGAGUUACACUCAUACCUUGCAUCAGCUCGUAUUGAUGGUGUCAAGGUAGAUGUCCAGAAUAUUCUGGAAACCCUUGGAGCCGGCCAUGGUGGAAGGGUGAAGCUUGCUCAAAAAUACCACCAAGCGCUGGAGGCGUCUAUUUCAAGGAACUUUCCUGAUAAUGGGAUUAUUUCCUGCAUGAGCCACAACACAGAUGGUUUGUACAGCGCCAAGCGGUCUGCUGUAAUAAGAGCAUCAGAUGAUUUCUGGCCCCGCGAUCCAGCAUCACACACUAUUCACAUUGCUUCAGUUGCUUACAACACUGUUUUUCUUGGGGAGUUUAUGCAACCUGAUUGGGAUAUGUUCCAUAGUGUGCAUGAAAUGGCUGAGUAUCAUGGAGCAGCACGAGCCGUGGGGGGUUGUGCUAUAUAUGUCAGUGAUAAGCCCGGGCAACACGACUUUAACCUUCUCAGGAAGCUCGUGCUUCCUGAUGGCUCCAUCUUAAGGGCUAAACUUCCAGGAAGACCAACUCGCGAUUGCCUCUUCUCAGAUCCUGCCAGAGAUGGAAAAAGUUUGUUGAAAAUCUGGAAUCUGAAUGAUCACAACGGAGUUGUGGGGGUGUUCAACUGCCAAGGAGCUGGGUGGUGUAAGGUUGGGAAGAAGAACCUCAUUCAUGACGAACAACCUGGCACCAUAACUGGAGUUAUUCGAUCCAAAGAUGUUGAUUAUCUUCCAAGAGUCACGGACGACAAGUGGAAGGGAGAUGCGGUUGUUUAUUCCCAUCUGCAGGGAGAUGUGGUUUAUCUUGCCAAGAAUGCUUCUCUCCCCAUCACGCUCAAGACCAGAGAAUACGAAGUCUUCACAGUGGUUCCUGUGAAGGAGAUGUCCAACGGAGCUGCAUUUGCGCCUGUUGGUCUCAUCAAGAUGUUCAAUUCAGGUGGAGCGAUCAAAGGAUUGAACUACGAAGCAGAGAAGGCGGGAAGUGUUGAGAUAGAAGUGCGCGGGUGUGGUACGUUUGGAGCCUACUCGUCUCUGAGACCUAAAAGAAUUGAAGUUGAUGCAAGGGAGGUGGAGUUUGAGUAUGAGGAAGCAAGUGGCUUCAUCACAUUUGCAUUACAAAUUCCACCCAUGGAGUCAUACCUUUGGGCUGUAGUUGUUCAACUAUGAAGAAUCCAUCAUCACUCCACAGACCUCCGAGUACUCCCUAGGAGUUUGAGAGACACAUUUAGGCAUUCAGAGACGAAUGUCUGAAUGCCAAUUUCUUUUUGAGUUUCCAACUACAUUGAGAAAAUCAGAUUAAGAUGUUUUCAAUCUCAGUUUGGCCAUUGCCAGACCCAGAAACUGGAGGUUGGAGAUUAAUUCUGCAUUUUGCAUUAAAACUUACAAGCUAGUAUUUUAAUGCGUUAUAUUCAUUUUGGGUCAAGUUUGGUUACCAGCUACAAAGCUGAUGGUCAUCAUUCCUUUCGAUUACAGUUAUUUUUCUCAAUGUGAAUGCACCUACUCAAUUAAUUUCAAAUCCCUCUUUAAUUAUA